ACUUCAACCCACCAUCAAAUCGCCCAAAACCCCUCAAUUAAAUAAUUAUUUAAAUCCUCAAAAAGUCAUAAAUAAUUCAAACCGUGUCCCCGAUGCAUUUCCUAUAUAUAAUCGUGUAGAAAAACGAAUUUUGAACACAAAAAUGUGGCCAGUUGUCUUAUACACCUCAGUGUUGGGGCUCGCCUCCGCCUCGGACAACGAAAUCGCUCCAAACCCCGUCGAUUUAUCUUAUCUCGGUGCAUCAAUAUUCGGUGAACCCCGCGAAAAUAAAAACCUAGAAGGUUGGGAUGAAAAUCACCCGGAAAAUCCCGAAGAAUUGGGCGAGUACGCCGAAGGCGACAUCCUAUUUCCCGAGAAUGCCCGAAAUGGACUUGUUUCCAAGACAACAAGAUGGAAAGACGGGGUAGUCCCCUACGAGAUUUCCCCUUUUUACCCACCUAAAGACGUACAAAUGAUCAAGCGUGCGAUGGAAAUCUAUCACAAAUACACUUGCAUCAAGUUUCGGCCGAAAACGGCCUCCGACAAGGAUUAUAUUUCUAUAGUCAAUGGGAAUACAGGGUGUUGGUCAAGUGUGGGGCGGAUUACCGGACGUCAAGAAGUCAACCUACAAAACCCCUAUUGCACAAGCAAAGUGGGGACCCCCAUGCACGAAUUAAUGCACGCUUUAGGGUUCGUCCAUGAGCAAAAUCGAUGGGAAAGAGACGAUUUUGUGACAAUUGCGUGGCAAAAUAUCAAAAAUGGACACGAGGGGAAUUUCAAAAAAGCCGAUCGGGGAAGUACAGACGGUUUUGGGGUUGUGUAUGACUACAGGUCGGUUAUGCAUUACUCACCGAGUGCGUUUUCUACCAAUGGUAAACCCACAAUUGUGCCUAAGGAUUCGAGCAAGAAUGUGAAAAUGGGGCAAAGGGAGGGAUUCAGUCGGGGGGACAUUAUCAAGAUUAAUACGAUGUAUGGGUGUCCCAAUAAGCCUCCAGGGGGGGAUGUGGUGGGCGGCGAGGUCAGCGGCGGCGGCAACGGGGGCGGCCUCUUGUCCUUCUUGUUCCAAAUUGUUAAUUAA